ACAGGGUGCCUAAUUAUGGGCAUCUGGCGGUGGCGGCUGGCGGGCCUGGACCCUCCCCACGGCAGGGCCCCGGGGUUGCGGGCAGCAGGCGCCAUGGCAUCGCUCAGCUCGGCCUCCACGUACCGCGCCGAGCUGCUCAGCGCCUACGGGCCGGGGCACGGCGAGCCCCGCUUCGAGGGCGACCGGCGGCAUGCACCCUUUGGGGCACGGGGACAGGAGGCGUUUGGGUACCCAGAGUCCCCAGGUGCCAUGUACCCCUGCAGCCUGGGCACCUGGGUGCGUGCCCAGGGUGACACCUACCAAGUGGUGGCCGACGUCAGCCAGUUUGAGCCCCCUGACAUUGUGGUGACCACCUCCAACUGCCAUGUCGCCAUCCAGGCAGAAAAGGUGGCUGAGGAUGGCACCGUCUGCGACACCUUCACCCACAAGUGCCAGCUGCCCGAGGACACGGACCCGCUGUCGGUGAGCUGCACGCUCACCGAGGCUGGCACGCUGGUCAUCACCGUCCGGCGCCGCGCCAGUGCCGGGCAGCGCCCGCAGCUGCUGCACCGCAGCGAGGCCAUGCUGUGAGCGGCUCUGCGUGACAAAAGGCUCCUUGCCCGGAGCCAUGCCAACCCCAGCACCGUGGUGAAGCUCAGCCGGUGCCCACUGGCUGUGCCCUUCUCCACCUCCAGCCCCACAGUGCUUCAGCUCUGUUUAUAAAGUCCUUUUAUUAAAUUAAUAUAAAAAUC